AGGGGGGAGAAGACGCGCCGCACUCGCUCCUUCAGACUCCUUCUCAAAACUGCACUCAAACCGUCUUCUCUCGUCCUACACCACCCCUGUUGCUGCUCUCCUGCCCUUGCGCUGCUGCAGACGGCGUCCUGGUGACCUGCAGAUACCUGUUACCGAUCUGGGUGACUUGGAAGGAGUGGUGCUCGCUAACAUGUGGGGCAGCAGGAUUCUAACUCGUCGUGGAUUCUUGUACGCUGGGAUUUGAUGGCUUCCAGAGGACAAGGCUCCGGGGCCAGCGUCCGUAAGAGUGCUUGUGGAAAGACAGACUGCCGGAGGAGGCGGUGAGGGCGCUAGCAGGGGCCGGGCCGACAGCUGUGACGGGCGAGUUGAUAAUUAGCUGAAAGACAGUAUUUAUUUGCCUCAGAAAGAAGUACGUACACUGAAUGAAAAGGAGAGAAAAAAGAUCAGAAAUUUAGAUGUAUAUAUAUUUGUAUAUGAAAGUUUGGUCAGAUUAUAUUCGGCUUUUUCGAGGAGUGUGAGUCUUGUGAUUGUGAGACUGAACCAAGCCGAGCCGCGGUGUCUUCAAGAGGAGAGGAAUACCACGCCGCCCUCACCGACACUCUGCCGCGCCUCCACCACCACCACCACCACCGCCGUCACGGAAAGCCCCUGCUCAGCCGCCGCCAGGCCCGCCAUGUCCAACCCCUAGACCAGGUGUGAGUGACGUCAUGAGGAGGUCCGUGGCCCCCCUCGCGCUGCCCGGCCCCCGCCCCCGCCUUCCCCUGGGCCCCCCCUGCUGCUGAGGUUCCGGCUUCUCGCUCCUCCCAACACACAACAGGCAAGAUGAUGGCGCUGGUGGUGGGCGGGGCCGUGGCCCAGAAGUUCCUCGGCUCCGUGGUGGAUAAACACUCCCCGAAGACGACGGGGCCGCACCCGCCCGGCGUCUUGAUGGACAACGCUACCAUGGGCGUCUUCAACGGGAAACACGACGAUGGUUCUCGCCUGGAUAGCUACAUCAUCAUCCUAGCCAUAGUCAGCACCAUCUUCCCUCUCAUCUGUCUCAUCCUCAGCCUCGUCAUUGCCAGGCGACUGUGGGUGAAGUACCGGGGUGAGAGAUGCCCCGCCACCGUGGAGAGAGAGGACACUGCGCAGACAUCCAUCAAGAGCCGAGACGGGGGAUCGCGCAAGUCGUCCCGCGCCUCUCGAGUCACCAAAGACCCCAACAGCCGAGACCAACUCAUCCCCCAGGACAGUAUGAUCACCUCACCCUCGGAGGGACCCGUGGAGGAGGAGGGUGAGGACCACAUGGAGGAGAUCGUUGUGAGAGAUGUGGAGGACGAGUCAAACGAGGUCGCGUCAAAAGUCUCCGUGUCGAUGAAGAAUCACAGUCUGGUGGUGGAGGUGGAGGGCGCCCCCAAUGUGCCAGAGUCCCCAAUGAUCACUGAGAAUGGCAAGACUCACCACUUGACUGAGGCCCAGGUGGAGCCCCGUGUGUCAACCAUUGCCGGGGACAUGCUCAAAACACUGCAGCUGCCUGGCGCGGCAGGAGAGAUUGGCAUUAACUCCCUGCUUCAGAAAGGAGUAAUUACAGUGUACCUAAAGCGCAGCAAGAGCGAGAGAGUUCGCCCUAGGACCUCAGGAGAGGAGGGCGGGCAUGGUGUUGUGGGUGAGACUGUGGAGCACAUAUCUCCACGGCCUCACCACCGCCGCCUGUCUAUGGGUCACCAUCCUCGUGCCUCUCACCACGGCACCCCACAGCGCCUCACUGUCGAACCAGAGAAUGGCAAUUUUGGCCUCUCCACCUCGGAUGUUAGCCUCGACUCAAGUAGUUCAUGCAAUCCAAGUUACAAGUAUGGAAACCAGGUGUCUUAUGCGGGUGGGUACUAUGGGUACCCCGUUAGUCAGGGGUACCCAGCAGCUGACCGACACAGCAGAAGGAUGCACCUGGUAGUGCCAAGAGGAAGUGGAGGAGAAGAUACUCUUGGCAUGCAACGAGAGAAGGUUGACCGAAAGACUUCAUUGCCAAAUUCCCUUGAUAACCAGCAACAGCAGCAAGCAGCUGAGCCCAAGCCCAGCAGUCUGUCUCCCUCACGGUCUGUAUCACGCGGUGCCCUCAGCAAGCAGUACUCCUUGCCUGCCAGCGCUCGUAACACCGCUACAUGCCACGCCACCGCCACUCCUUCCGCCACGACCGCCCUCAGUAUCAGCACCACGAGCACGCCUUUGACCAUCCACACGUCCGCACCCACUCCGCCUCGCUGCACGCCCCUCACGACCACCGCCCCCACGUCUCCCGCGAGCUGCACUCCCCGCGCCACGAGAGUCCCCACCGGCCGCGAGAACUGCACUCCCCACGGCUAGAAAGUCCACACUUGCCGAGGGAGUUGCAUUCGCCGCGGGUGGAGACUCCCGUGGUGGCCUCGGUGGUAGUGGAUGAGCCGCAGGAUCAGCCGACGUAGGGGCGAAGAGGUCCGGGGGUCCUGUACGUCAUCUAUGAAGUGGAUGAAUCUAAUCCUGACAGCCAUGAGGAGGCUGUCACAAGCUUUAUUGAAGAUAGUGAUGAAAUGUUUCCAGAGAAGAGCAUAGAAUAUUGCGGAGAGAGUGCGGAUGCGUUCAGUAGUAAAGGUGUUAGUGAAUAUAACAAAGAAAGUUUAAGUGUUUAUCAUGAGGAAAAUGAGCAAGAAUAUGUUAAGAAAAGUAGUGAAGAAAAUGAAGGGAAUAAUAAUAAUGAUUCUGUGGAAAAAUAUGAUAGUAGAUAUCAAAGGAAAAAUAGUGAUGAGCAUAAGAGAGAUAGUGAUGAAAGCCAAAUAAAGAGUGUAAGUGAAAAUCAAGG